GAUGUCGCAAUGAUACUACUAUGGCCACAUGUGCCUGACAGAUAGAGGCGGAAGUAGCCGCUCAGCAGUCGAAAAUUUUUGUACACAGCCAUCAUAUUCCAUGGUCUUCUCCUGGUUCGACAACCAUUUCUAUCACAUACAUAGACCAUAUACCAAGAUAAUUGGAAAUCAAAUCCGUUCCACAUUCAAUCAAUUUACCGGACACCGAAACAAAACCAAUUUAGUACACAAUGGCCGAAUUAGAUGACGCACAUUUCGAAACUGGAGAUUCCGGUGCAUCGUCCACUUUUCCCAUGCAAUGUUCGGCAUUGCGUAAAAAUGGUUUUGUUAUGUUGAAGGCUCGUCCAUGCAAGAUUGUUGAAAUGUCUACAUCAAAAACCGGCAAGCACGGUCACGCUAAGGUGCACAUGGUUGGUAUCGACAUAUUCAAUGGCAAAAAGUACGAAGAUAUCUGUCCAUCCACUCACAAUAUGGACGUACCACAUGUUAAACGUGAAGAUUACCAAUUGACUGAUAUAAGCGAUGAUGGAUAUUUGACUUUGAUGGGUGACAACGGUGAUUUGCGUGAAGAUUUAAAACUUCCCGAUGGAGAGUUGGGCGGUCAAUUACGUGCUGAAUUCGAUAAUGGCAAAGAACUAUUAUGUACCGUACUCAAGUCAUGCGGCGAAGAAUGCGUUAUUGCCAUUAAAACAAACACAGCUCUUGACAAAUAAAGUCCAUGCUCAUUUCACACCUCACCCCGUUGCUUAUUUCUUUAUUAUUAUAUUUGAAUAAUAAUAAUCUUGGAAGGAAAAAUCAGAUAAAAAAUUUCACACAAAAAAUAUUCUUCUGCCAAAAAAAAAAAACCAACACAAACAACAAAAACCGCAAACAUUCAGAAAUUGAGAGAAAAUAAUUAAUUAAAAAAAAAAAUCAAAACCUCUAAAACCAAUUCGUAAAACAAUAAUAGAACGUAAAACAUUGUUUUGGUUGUUGUAACCGUAACCGUACCCGGAUAACAGAAAAGUCACUACUUAGGCGAUUCAACAAUGAACUAUAAAAUGCGAUCCAGCUGGAAAUGGAAACAUAUAUAAAUAAACAACGGAACAUUAUGUAUAUGUAUACCGCCGCCAUUACAAUGAAAUUAAAAAUUGAAAGAGAAACAAAAGCAAAAAAUUUAUCAAAUCAAUCAAACGCCAAAACUUCAAAAAAUAAUUUAAAAAAAAUCGCGCAUUUCAAUUGCAUAAAUUAAAGAUACAAAUCAAUAGAAAAGUAAAAACCAAUUUUAGUGGUGAAUGUAAAUUAAAAAAAUAAUUUUUGUUUCUGUAAGUGAUAAUUAAUCGAAAUUCAAUUUUUUUUUAUUUAAAUUUUUAGAAAGAGAAAAAUGAAAAAAAAAAACUUUUUUUAAGCACCACAUAAGCAUAUGAGUGCCUAAAUCUAAAAACAAAAACAAGAAAGAAACAAAGAUAAUUAUCUGGGGUUGACUCUUAUCAAUUCAAUUUGAUUUAAAUGUUUUUUUCUUCUUCUUUUUUAACAUAUUGAAUUUAGUCGGUAGAGGUCGAUUUCUUAUACCUGAUUUACGAAAAUAUCAAUUUAAAUUUAGUUUUUUUUUGUGUUGCUCUCGAUGUGUGUGGAGGCAUGUCAGUUUGUUUUCCUUUUUUAUAUUUUUUUUUAUUUUAAACAAAAAGUUUUUGAUUUCUUUUCGUUGACAACUAAAUUUAGAAAGAAGAAAAAGAGAGAGAUAAGAAAUUAUUGCUUUCUGCAUCCUAUCCCCUCCCCCCCCAAAAAAUCAAAAUAAAUAAUGAAAAAACCAGUAAAAAAUGCGCUAAAAUGUUAAUACAAACUUUAAAUUGAAUUUACUUAUUACGUUUUUUGUUUCUUAUUUUUCCUUCAUUGAACUUAAAACAAAAAAAAAAACAUUUUUUAUAUUUAAACAAAAAAAAGAUAAAAAAUUAAAAAGCAAAAAAAACCAAAAUUAUCGUUUUUCAAAUAUCAAUUAUUUUCGAAAUAUGUUCGUCAAAAACUGCAACAAACAGAAAUGAUAAAAUAAAAACAAAAGUAAAAAAAAACCGACAAGGAAAAUCUUAAAUUAAAUUGCAUAUAAAGAACAGACGGCAUUUAAUAAAACAACUAUGUAAUUUAAAUAAUAAAAAAUACGAUAAAAUAAAUGGGACCUUUGUAACCACAA